GACCGAGCGCGAUGCUACUUAUAAACACUGUUUCCACACCGCUAGCAACCGAACGUAGACGUGUCCUCAACGUCUCUCGAUGUUUCAGACGCAACCGACCCGGCAAGAAUAGCCCGUCGGGAGAUCGCGACGACGGCUUCUACGGCCCGGCAAUUUAUGAGAGCGGAGACGACACUGCAAUGACCGCAGCACCCGUUUUUAGUGGGGAUCCUCUCGGAGAAGAUGGCCAGCCGUUCACGUUGAAGCCUCUUGUUGAGAUGGGGGUGGUCGGCGCCUGUCGCCGUGGGAGGAGGCGGGGGCGAAGGAACAGGACCGCCGUAGAGAGACAGACGGAAAAGGAGCAGCGACGCCAUUCAAAGAACGCCCGCGAGAGAGAGCGUGUUGAGAACGUUAGGAACGAGUACGCUAAGCUGGAGAAACUCGUGGGGCUCGGAGCGGACGACUACUUGGGUGAAAGCACGAAGGAACUGGGGCGGUACUGUAAGCUGCGCGUGUUGACGGCCGCCAUCGAACGCAUCAAGACGCUCAAGGAGCUGCUGCGAUCGGCGGACGAAGAGACAGGCUCAGUUAGCGAUCACACGCAAGCCCCACUCUGUGAACACCACGCUGCUUCCCACAGUCCAACCGUGGAUUGUGGAGGGAUUGUCACUGGAACCAUAUCGUUCUCUACCACUUAUGACCAUAGUCUCUCGCAACCCAACGAACCAUUCCUUCCCCUAACUCCCGCAAUUAACAAGCCAAACACGGUGCCAGUUUUCAACCAAGGUUUCCCGAGCCCUUGUUCAACUGACUACUCUGCGCAUCAUCCCUAUCACUUUUUCCCCUCCCACUCUUCAUCAUUUCUGCCUCAUAACUUUUCAAAUGCACACCCUCCCGCCUUUCAGCCACAGCCAUUACACCCAUGUACUUUGCCAGCUGGCGGAUCUAUGGACCCAUGGGCACCUGCUCUCUUUCCCUCUUGCCCGCCUUACGUCGUCCAUACACACAGCCAAAUAUAGCUAGCCUCACUCUUUCUUGGUCGCAAUCAAUCAAGAUCACAGGUUGUAUUAUUUUGUUUGCCCACUU